AUGUCUAUGGGGCAGACUGCACAUACAGCAUUUUGACUCUUGUUUCUGAGCACUGUUCUUUCUCUCUGCAUAUAUUCUUGCAUCUUUUUCUUCUUGGCUUCUGAUUUGAUGCUGAAAUUAGGCAAAAAGUUGUAGCUAGCACUGAGAGUUGCCUACUUCCAUCUUCUUAUACGCAGCCAUGGCGGUAGAGCUGAUGAUGAGUUACUGCAGGAAUGUUGAUGUUAAUGGCGGUGGCGGUGGGAGGAUUGGGUUUGUGAAGAGUUUGGAGGAGAGCGCGGUGGUGAAAGAAGCGGCUUCUGGGUUUGAGAGCGUGGAGGAGUUUAUCAGAUUGUUGUCGCAGGGGAAAAAGCAGGGCAAGGCGGCCAUGGAGAUUGAUGUUGUGGCGGAUGUUGCUGUCAAUAAGUUUAAGAAGGUGAUUGAUCUUCUGGGUCGGACUCGGACUGGGCAUGCCAGAUUCCGGCGAGGUCCCGUCGCUUCUUCGCCGCCGCCGCCGGCCGACAAUAAAGUGUAUAGCCCCACGCCGAUUCAGCAGGUUCCGCCUCCUGCAUCUUAUGAUUACAGCGCCGCAGCCCACCGUUUCUUUCAGGCGGUUGAGAGGAAGGAUAGCGCCGCGGCGCCGCCGCCGCCGAUGACGAUCAGUUUCACUUGCUCGCCGGAGAUUUCACGCGCCAAUUCCUUCAAUAUCUCGUCGUUGACCGGGGAGACCGAGAGCAAGCCGAUGCUUUCUUCUUCCUCCGCUUUCCAGCUCACCAAUCUUUCCCAAGUUUCAUCCGCCGGAAAACCUCCUCUCUCCACGUCUUCCUUGAAGAGAAAGUGCAGCUCAUCGGAGAAUAACCUCUCCGGCAAGUGCAGCGGCUCCUCCAGCCGGUGCCACUGCUCAAAAAGAAAGAAACUAAGAUUGAAGAGGGUAACAAGAGUUCCAGCCAUAAGCAUGAAGCUUUCAGACAUUCCACCCGAUGAUUAUUCAUGGCGGAAAUAUGGACAGAAGCCCAUCAAAGGAUCCCCACACCCAAGGGGGUACUAUAAAUGCAGCAGCGUCCGAGGUUGUCCGGCACGCAAGCAUGUGGAGAGAGCGGUGGAUGAUCCGACCAUGUUGAUAGUAACAUACGAAGGCGAGCAUAAUCACUCCGUCUCCGUCGCAGAAACAAAUGGUUUAAUCUUAGAGUCUUCGUAAUAAUCACCUCAUUAUUAAUCAUUGUAAUCAUGUGCUGCAUGCGUACUUAAAUUAGAACUGCAUGGAUCGAUCAUCAUAUAUAUAGCUUUAGUUUUCGAUUUGCCCUGUAAAAAAAAUGCAGGCUGCAUAUGUUCAUCACCGGUUCAUCUGCGUAAUGUCUUUGUAGCUUUAGUUUAAGGAGGUUUUAAUGGUGUCAUCAAUCUUCACUGCAUCUCAAACGAGAUCCAGCAAUGAAAACAAAUUUCCUGUUA